AUGGGAGUAAUCGAUUUGAUAACGAGAGUAGAUGCGAUAUGCAAGAAGUACGACAAGUACGACAUCGACAAGCAAAAGGAAGCUAAUAAGAAUAUUUACGGCAACGAUGCAUUUGCCGGUCUUUACACCGCCAUUGAAUCCGACCUCGAUCAAGCUCUAGAGAAAUCUGAGGUAGCUGCGGCGGAGAAAAACAGGGCGACGGCGGUGGCGCUGAAUGCCGAGAUCCGGCGGACUAAAGCUCGGUUACUUGAAGAACUUCCCAAAUUACAACGUUUAGCUUUCAAAAAGGUCAAAGGGCUUUCUAAAGACGAGUUCGAGGCUCGGAAUGAAUUGGUGUUAGCACUUAAAGAGAGGAUCGAAGUUGUGCCCGAUGGAGCAACAAGCAAAGCUCAACCAACUGAAGGUUUGGAAUCGUCAAGUUCGAAUAGAAGAAUCAGAUUUGACUCGACCUUUGAUGGAACAUUCGACGACGCUUAUUAUCAGCAUACCGACGACACCAGUAACUUUAGACAAGAAUAUGAAAUGCGUAGAUUACGACAGGAUGAAGGAUUGGAUGCGAUAGCAAAAGGACUCGGUACUCUGAAAAACAUGGCUCAAGACAUACACGAGGAAGUUGACAGACAAUUACCAUUGAUGGAUGAAGUUGAUAAUAAAGUUGACAGAGCCACAUCUGAUCUGAGAAAUACCAACAUGAGACUGAAGGACACGGUGAUAAAGUUGAGAUCAAAGCGAAACUUCUGUAUUGAUAUCAUACUGUUAUGUGUCAUCCUCGGGAUUGCCUCCUACCUAUACAAGUAA